AUGUCGUUGAGCUCACCGUCGCUGCCUUCAUCCUCCUCUUCACCUCUUUUUGCUUUACCACCAUACUCCACGACCUCCCCGUCUCGUUUUCAAGCACUCUACUCUGACUUUUUCCGGCAAAGGCAUUCAAAUCCCACAUCGUUCCACUCUAAUGUUGAGUGGUGGCGUAAAGCCCUCGAGGCUCUCGUUGGUUCGGGCCUCCAAGACAGCAACAAUAGACUAGUUCUCAACGCUGGACGGAGCCUAAUGGAGCGCGUCAAAGUACCGCGCGUUGGCAAGCCACUCGCCCUUGGAGCCGUAAUCAAUGAGCUGCACACCUCCAAGUCUCUAAUUCAGGUAUCUGAUUUCUUAAAUGCAAAGGUGUCGAUCUACGACCCAGGCUGGCUCCCAGUCCGCAUUGCAGCAUACCUUGUGGGAAAGCCACUAUGGUGGGCUCUCGAACAAAUCGGUAUCAUUGGCGAGGAGGGCAGUAAGAGUCAUCAACACACAGAUACAGGGUGGUGGGGAGACUAUAUCGUUGUAUCGCUGAUGGAGCGUGCGGCUGACGCGGUCGAGGAGAAGCAACGAGAGAGGAUGAGUGGUCCCGGGGAGGCGCUUUAUACUCUGCAAAGCUUCCGUUUGACUUUUACCGAAGUGCUUGGCGUCGAUGACGGCGUCUGGCGAGAAAUUGACACGAAAGUGUUACUCCGGUUCUUAGAGCGGGAUCGAGGGGCCAUAGUGACAGACAACGACAUCAUAAAAUUUGUUGGCGGAACUGGUUCCUCUACAAUAACAGUCGUUGACCGAGGCAUCUUGGAGCUGAAGACCGCAGUGCAUAAUCUACGUGCACAAGUAGACGCACUACAUCUCAAGAUUGACGACUGUACGCGGAAAGCCUCAUCAGCUCUUCAGCAGAAGCGUAAACCUCUGGCUUUGAGCUACAUUAGAUCUCGAAAGCACCUUGAAGACUUGCUUUCCAAGAGGCUAGGUUCGCUAAGCACUCUUGAAGCAACUCUCAUUACGGUGGAGGCGGCAGCCGGAGAUGUUGAGAUUAUGAAUUCGUAUGAGUCCUCCACAGCUACCCUCAAAGCCAUACUUGCACAUCCGUCACUGCAACGCUCGAGCAUCGACAAGACGAUGGAGGCGCUCGCCGAAGCUAACGAAGAGGCAAAAGAGGUAGAUGAUGCGAUCCGGAUUGGGGGAGAGGUGGGGAUUGGAGAUGUUAACGAUGAUGAAGUUGAGGAAGAGUGGAAGGCGUUGAUUAGAGAGGCAGAGUCGAGUGUUGGGGUGGAAGAAAGACUUUACGGUGAAGAAAUGAAGGCACCGAGUGAGUCCCCGGAAUUGAAGGUGGCAGAGAGAUCUGGUGUGAUACAUAAUAAUGUUAAUAGCAGUGCUGUGUACGCGUAG